AUGGCAACUACUCAUCCAGGUGAUUUGUCGGCUGAUAUUGCUGAAACCAAUGAGAAGGCGGAUAUGGCUGUAACGACAGAUCAGAGAGACGACGACAUCGAUCCUGUUGCGGAAAACCAGUUCCGCUGGAGACUUGACCUAGGAUUCCUCACUAUUGGAUUCUUGAGCUAUAUGUUCAAGUAUAUAGACCAGACCAACAUUAGCAACGCGUACGUAUCAGGUAUGCAAACGGAUUUACACUUAUACGGAAACGAACUCAACUACUUCACCACAUUCUUUAAUAUCGGAUACAUGAUAAUGCUUUUUCCUUCUUGCAUUCUUAUAUCUCAUAUUGGUCCUGCUAUUUGGCUUCCAUCCUGCGAACUCAUAUGGGGAGUCCUUACUUGUUGCUUGUCCCUAGUAACAGAUGCACGACAGGUAUAUGGAAUUCGCUUCUUUAUCGGAUUUUGCGAAGCGACAAUGUGGCCGGCUUAUUUCACAAUGAUCAGCCAGUGGUACAUGCCCAACGAAGUAGCUCUCCGAAUGAGCAUCUACAAUAUGGCUCAACCAGCCGGAGCUAUGCUAUCAGGCGCAAUGCAAGGCGCUUUGUCCACCAACUUGGAGGGCCAUAUGAAUCGAAGCGGCUGGAGAUGGGCCUUUGUUAUCAACGGCGUUUGCACAAUUGUCGUUGCGCUUCUUGGAUACGUCCUUUUACCUGGAUAUCCCGAACGCCCAAACAAGCUUGCGAGCUGGUAUCUGAGGCGACAGGACUACGAUGUUGCACUCGCCCGUAGUCGCCGUAUCGGCCGAGAGCCUCAGAGAGGACUCACAGUCAAGUCGUUCAUAAGAGCCUUUACGUUUUGGGAAUUGUGGGCUGUUGCAAUUGCAUGGCCGUUUGGUGGCAACACCGCGCCAACCAGCUAUUUCAACCUCUAUCUCCAAUCUCUCAAAAAUUCGGAUGGAACUUUGACAUAUUCCGUAGCCAUGUUGAACUAUCUACCUAUUAUUGGGCAAGCCGUUCAAUUAGUUGCUGAGUUACUAUUCAGCGGCUUCAGUGACCUGACUGGUCAAAGAUUGCCUUUCCUAGUAUUACAUUCUGCGAUUAGUCUUACAUCACUGUCCAUUAUUAUUGCCCGACCCCAAAACAGACAGCUUCAUAUGGCUGGGUAUUACCUGAACUAUAUUGGAGAUGUUUCGAUGAUGCUGUUGUGCGCGUGGGCAUCGGAUCACUUACGGGGAGAGCCUGAAGUUCGGACACUUCUUUUCGCUACUGGAACCAUCAUAUUCUAUGCCCUCAGCGCUUUUCUCCCGAUCGCAGCCUUUCCUGCAUCUGAAGCACCAAACUGGAAGAUUGGGGCCAAACCUUAUCUUGGGUUCGCCGUCGCCUCCCUUUUCAUGUUCAUUGGCAUCCAUAUUGGCUUCAAACGAGAGGCAAAGAAGCGAGAGCUCAAGGAAGAAUCCAAGGAUUAA